AUGACAAGAGAUUAUAACUUAAACUCUCUUCCGAGGCUCUUAUCGCCUCUUAAAAUAUUCUUUGGCAAUCUCUCGCCUCUGUUUCGACCGAUAUAUUGGCUAUUCUUCAACAUGCCAUAUAUCGGUUACUUUUAUUUUACCGCGCCUUUCCUAAUUAUUAGGAACAUUGUUGGCCCGGGCAAUGGGCAACAGAGACAGGCGAUUUAUCAGGGCCGUUCCUCCGGGUUCCUCAUGCGGCGCGAGACGAAGAAAACAAUACGUCACGCGCCCGUGUGGGGAGGCUCUGGAGAAUAUUAUCGGGGUCCUCCAUUGAUAUCGACGUGUGGCACGCUGUUGGACUGCAAGGCUGUCCGUCCAACUUCGCAAGCUCUCGCCAAGUCAUGGCGCGAGAGCCAUCCCCUGGCAUGCACAAAGCUGUGCAAUGGCUCCGGGCAACCACGGGGUGGUUCGCAAAAUAUGUAA